UAAAGCUGUUAAAAGAUUCAGGGGAGAGAUCUAGCGGCUGCCUUCCCCAGCUCAGGCUCCAAAAUGGGAAAAUCCUUCGCCAAUUUCAUGUGCAAGAAGGACUUUCAUCCUGCCUCCAAAUCCAACAUCAAAAAAGUAUGGAUGGCAGAACAGAAAAUAUCAUAUGAUAAGAAGAAACAAGAAGAAUUAAUGCAACAAUAUCUUAAAGAACAAGAAGCAUAUGAUAAUAGAUUGCUUAUGGGAGAUGAAUGUGUGAAGAAUGGCCUUAAUUUCAUGUAUGAGGCUCCACCAGGGGCUAAAAAAGAAAACAAAGAGGAAGAAGAAACAGAAGGAGAGACCGAAUACAAAUUUGAAUGGCAAAAAGGGGCCCCACGAGAAAAAUAUGCCAAAGAUGACAUGAACAUUAGAGAUCAGCCCUUUGGUAUUCAGGUUCGAAAUGUGAGGUGCAUUAAAUGUCACAAAUGGGGUCAUGUCAAUUCAGAAGAAUGUCCUUUGUUUGGUCUUUCUGGAAUUAAUGCAAGUUCAGUUCCCACUGAUGGCUCAGGACCAUCGAUGCACCCGUCGGAGCUAGCGGAGAUGAGAAACAGUGGGUUUGCACUGAAACGAAACGUACUGGGGAGAAACUUGACCGCAAAUGAUCCAUCACAGGAAUAUGUUGCAAGUGAGGGUGAAGAAGAUCCAGAAGUCGAAUUUUUAAAGUCACUCACAAGCAAACAAAAACAGAAACUUCUCAGGAAAUUGGAUCGACUCGAGAAGAAAAAAAAGAAAAAGAGAAAAGGCAGAAAAAAGAAAAAGCUUCAGAAGAGCAGAAGUAAACACAAAAAACAUAAAAACAAAUCCUCCUCCUCUUCCUCUUCCUCCUCUGGUGGCACUUCAGAAAGCAGCAGUGAGAGCCCACGUACCGCAAAAAAAAAAAAAAAAAAAAAAAAACAGAAGAAGAAAAGAAAGAAAAACAAGCAUUCAGGGAAUUACAACAGUGGUUCUGGAGAGACGGACAAGUCUAACAAGAGAAAACUUGAUGAAGAACGUUCUAGCAGUCACAGUAACAAGGAAAAGCCUAGGUUUUUAAAACAAGAGCGUUCUGGGGAGGAGAGCAAAUGGAGGCAUUCUGAUUCUGACAGAAAGCCCAGAAGGCAUAACCAGAGUCCAGAGGAGAGAGGAUCUGGAAGAAAUGAGAGAGGCAGCAGGAGCCAGAGCAGGGAUGAGAGGAGUAGGAGAAGCCGAAGCAGAAGUCAUGGUGGUUACAAGCCAAGAGAAAUAAGAAGACGGCCACGGCGAAGUCCCAGUGAAGAGUGGGACAGAAGAAAUGACACCAGAAGCCAUGGCACAGAUAGAUACAGAGGAGGGAAAAUGCACAGAGCAUUAUCAGGAGACAGGCACACUAGAGUGAUGCAAAGAGAAUGGAGAAGUAGAGAAUAGAGACUUGUAUGUGACAAUUACCUGGAAAUAAAAAUAUCUCCACUUUCUUCUUGAAUA